UGAUGUUUCUGUUCUGCGGCUCCGGGUCGUGUUUUGGUCUGAAGGUGGCAGAAAGAUGACAGCCAGAAAGUCCGGGUCGCGAUUAGAGACUGAAAUAGAGCGCUGUCGAUCAGAGGGACAAUGGGACAAGAUACCAGAACUUGUGCGGCAGCUGUCCGCGAAGCUCAUCUCAAACGAUGAUCUUGGGGAACUCCUGCUUGGGGAGGCCAAACUCCAGCAGUACCUGAAGGAAAACCCCAUCAAGCCGGGAGCCAGUCCUCGCGGACCCUGGCCACACCUCCAGGAGGUCCGGAAACAUCUGACGGUUGCACUUGAUCGGGGAAACUUAAAGCCUGAAUACAUGCAGGAGGCCAGUCUGAUAUUGGCUAAGCUGUGUUAUGUGGAGGGUGAUUACAGGGAAGCACUGAAUCAGUAUGGCCGUGUUAAUCUGGACGAGCUGCAGCUGGUAGGGGCUCCAGUAUACAGACUCUCCAUGAUUGCAGAGGCCUAUGCUACCAAAGGUCUUUGUCUGGAGAAGGUGCCUGCAGCGUCCCCAUCACUUUCCAAUCGUAACGCAGACAGAGACCAGGAGAUCAUCACUUGUUAUGAGAAGUCUGGAGACAUCGCUCUGCUCUAUCUUCAGGAGGUUGAAAAGGCCCUCAGUGCUGGCAUUCAGAACCGCAGUCCAAAGCCCGGCCCAGUCACACAGGAACAAGAACUGGGCUACUUCCUUGAGACUGGACUUCAGAGGGCCCAUGUUAUCCAUUUCAAAAAUGGCAACCUGACACGUGGUGUUGGCCGCUUCCGAGAGAUUCUCCGUGCCGUUGAGACCAGGACCACUCAGAACCUUCGAAUGACUAUUGCCAGGCAGCUUGCUGAGAUCCUGCUGAGGGGCAUGUGUGAACAGAGUUACUGGAACCCCCUGGAAGACCCCCCUAACCACUCCCCCCUGGACGACCCGCUCAGACACACUGCACAUACCAAGGACUACGCCCUCAGCCGCCGCCCACGUAUCUACUCAGGAGAGAAUUUGUUUUGUCCACAGGAGAACACAGAGGAGGCCUUACUCCUGUUAUUGAUCAGUGAAUCUAUGGCUAACAGAGAUGCUGUAUUAAGCCGAAUCCCCGAGCACAAUAACGACCGUAUGAUCAGUCUGCAGAGCGCCUCGCUGGUGUACGACCUGUUGACCAUAGCGCUGGGCCGUCGCGGACAGUACGAGAUGCUCUCAGAGUGUCUCGAAAGGGCCAUGAAGUUUGCCUUUGAAGAGUUCCAUCUCUGGUUCCAGCUCGCUCUCUCCCUGAUGGCUGCUGGGAAGUCGGCUCGAGCAGUGAAGGUGCUGAAGGAGUGUAUAAGACUGAAGCCGGAUGAUCCCACUAUUCCUCUGCUGGCUGUCAAGCUGUGUAUUGGAAACCUGCAUUGGUUGGAAGAGGGUGAGUGCUUUGCUAAAAUAGUGAUUGAUAUGGGUGAGAAGGCGGCUGAAUUCAGGGCAAAAGGGUAUCUUGCUAUUGGUCUGGUCUACAGUCUGAAAGCCACAGAUGCAUCUCUUCGAGGAAUGCAGGAAGAGUAUCAGAAAAAAGCACUGAAUGCUUUUCAGAGGGCACAGAGUCUAUCCCCCACUGAUCAUCUGGCUGUUUUCUACCUGGCACUGCAGCUGGCUGUAUCUCGACAGAUUCCAGAGGCUCUGGGUUAUGUACGGCAGGCAUUACAACUACAGGGGGAUGAUGUUCAUUCUCUGCACUUGCUGGCCUUGCUGCUGUCUGCUCAGAAACACUACCACGAUGCUCUCAACAUCAUUGAGAUGGCCCUCAGCGAAUACCCAGAGAACUUCAUUCUUUUAUUCACAAAGGUAAAGUUGGAGACGUUAUGUCGAGGCCCCGAAGAGGCAUUACUCACCUGCAAACGCAUGCUGCAGAUCUGGAAGUCCUGUUACAACCUCACCAACCCCAGUGAUUCUGGGAGGGGGAGCAGUCUGUUAGACAGAGCUAUCGCUGACCGUCGCCAGCUGAGCGCCAUGACACUACCUGACUUCAGUGAUCCAGAAACAGCUCUCACACCUCUUCCUCCCUUUCGGGGCCAGAACUUGUCUCUUCUCUCUUUCCUUUUCCAUCCUUCUAUUCUCCAUCUCCACCGAAGACUGAAUCCACCCAGAGGCGCGGCAGCCAUGCUUUCUGUGACCACGCCCCCCGCCAGCACUUCUCCUCAGCCAGUAAUGCACUGUGCACCUUGUGUUUUUUUUGUUGUUGUUUUUUUUUGGGGUUGGGGGGGUUCGGCCAAUAAUCUGGCAUGACCUUCUGCUCACCAGCCAAUCCCCUGCCACUAACCGCACUGCUCUGCCCUAAUCCCGUGCCCAGUAGCCCAAUUUAUGUGUAAUUUUAUUGAGUGGGAUUUGUGACUUGUUUGCUGCUGUAGACAGUGCAUGAGCUUUGCAGGCCUCUUAUUGAAGACUUCAGUCUUCAAAGACCAUCAAGCACUGACAAGUCCAACUUUGUAAUGUGCAGUGUUGGGUACAUUACUCAAAGAAAGUAAUCCACUUCAAGUUACUAAUUAAUUAUUUAAAAUUGUAAUCAAAUUACUUUGCUGAUUACUUCAGAAAAAAGUAAUCACAUUGCUGGUUACUUUUAACUUGCUUUCAAAGACCCUAUUUUCCACAGGUUUAAACGAGGUCUAUAACGUUUUGUGAUCAGAUCAUAAAAACACAUGUGACCACAUCGCAUUCCAGGUGUAAACGCUAAUCCGUCCUGUACAGCAGCAAUGAAUCAAUCAUUACACUACAAUAAGAGUUGAAACUUUGCCGGUUACAAGCGGCUUUAAUAGGAAAUAACCGUCCAAUCAGAAAAUUUUACAAGCUGAUUUAUAAUCAUGCAGUAACAUACUGACAAAGUCACUGAUGUAUGUCUUCAUGAAAAUCAUAGACCCUCCCCUCCAAAUCCGAACACAGUUGGUCACAGGAGACGCAUUUAGCGAAGAGGGGUGAAAAGCAAUGUGUCUCACCUGACCACAUGUGAUAGGAUCACCCGAGACACAUCUUAAUACCAGGUUUAAACGUGGUCUAAAACACUUUUGAUAGAGAAGUUUGUUUUCCCGCUCAACAAGUUCUAUAUUUCCUGCUUGUCCACUGUCAUGUGCGCCUCGGCUGUCACAAAAGUGCUAACUGAUGUACAUAUGUUCAUAAUUAAUAUUUUAAAUGUAUAAAACAUAAAUAAUAUUAUUUUAGAGAUAUGUGUCACCCAAGUAAUGUACUUAAAAGUAAUGACCUUAAUUGAAAGUCAGUAACUGUAAUUUGAUUACAAGAAUUUAAAAUGCAAUGAAUUACAUCUACUUUCAGAGUUUAAAAAGUAAUUUGAUUACUGUAACAAAUUACUUUGUAAUCAGAUUAUACCCAACACUGGUAAUGUGGUGAUGUUAAUUAGCCCAAUAACCAAUUUGUACACAUUUUUUCAGAUGUUUUCAGGUCACAUUUACAUAAGCCUUCGAAAUAUUGAGGGAGAUUAUGCAUGCAUCUGUGUCUGUCAGUGGGUGAACAUUAAAGCCUAAUCUAUACAAUGGAAAAAGCUGAACAUUUUUCUCCUGAACAAACUAAAACACCCAGUGUUUAAUACUACCCGGUAACGUUUUACAUUUAGUUUGUUGAGUAAAAUAAAUAAAUAAUGUCUUGUUCAAGUGAACAAUCAUCAAUACUCUUCAACUAGCCAAGUUCUCCUUGGUCAAGUAUUUCAGGGAUGUGUGCAAACAGGAGAAAUAUCACCAAACACCUUAGCAGAACAAAAAUGUCAUUUUGUGAUAAUUUUUGCCAAAAUAAAGGAAGCCUGUUAGCCCAGUAAUUAUACAUUUGCACAAACAGCUCCACAAACAGUUAAUAACUGUUAGUAGUUAAAAGUGUGCUGAAAGUGUACUCCGAGAAGUUUGUCCAGAAGUUAUAGAAGAAGAAAUAUUUGAUUGAGUGAAUUACAUGAAGCUUCAUUAUAAUUGGUUGCUUAAAUGGGCCAAUGCAAUAUGUGACAAGGAGACAUUGAGAAAAAUUAGAGGCACUAGUUAGUUGAUCACCCCUCAGUGGUGAGUUUUUACCGACAACAGUUGAUAGUUGUGACAUGACCCUAACAUGAUGAGGGCAAAGUGAGCAGUCUUCAAAAAUAGCCUACUUUCAAAAUUGUGUCCAGGUAUCAAGAUCUCUGGAGGGUGUAAAUGUAGCCUUCCCACUUCCAUGAUUUGUCCAGUUAUGGUUAAGAUCAGCUGCAAGAGGCAUUCAGUGAGUACAGGGCUGUUUUAAGACUCUAAAUGCCUCUGGCUGGAUAACGUGAUGGUGUUGUGAUGGUGUGGGUUCAGGGAUUCAGUGGCCCGUGAGAGUGACGCUAAGCUCUUAAUCUCCACUGAGAGGCUCCUGGGGAAAUGAAAGACAGAGAAAGAGUGACACUUGCUAUCAGCUAGCCGUUUAAGACCCCGGAUCAUAUCCAGCACUGAGCCACCACAAUGUUAUCUUCAGAGAGAGAGAGACAAGUGUGUUCAUCAGGAGAUUUCAUGUGUUCUUCUAAAACUCACUCAUACCAUCUUUCUCCUCAUCUAAGGCUUUCUCUCUCUUUUUCUCGCUCUACAUUUUACACUUAGUCACUUGUGUCUCAAUCGACCAUAUUGCUAUCCAAUUGGCUAUACACAUUCCAUUUACACUUGGCCACAUAAUGUGAUCUACUAUUCCAGUGUUAUAUGCAAAUAUAUAAUGAAGUUCACUUUUAUGAAGAUCCAAAUCCGAGCAACACAUUUUUUUCUGGACUUGAUGUGGCACAUAAAAACUAAGAACAGGAGGUGGCUAAAAUAGUAAAAAUAGCUUCACUGAUUAUGGUACAAAAGGCAAAAGCUGUUAUGUGCCACAUUUUCUUUGUUGUCUUUGGGCUUCCAGAGGGCAUUUAAGUACACAUGGUCUAUUCAUGAUCAAAUAGCUGUCCAAACAGUAAAACGCAUGAAUUGACCAAGUGUAAAUACUCGCUAUCUCUGUCUUCCUGAAUGUUCUGCAUCUGAUUCACUGUUCUCAACUACUGUAACACUACUCACUAUGCUGUGUGUAGAUUCAAAGCAUUUUAUUUACACACAUGCAUGCACACACACAAUGUUUCACACUUGGCAUCUGCCAGUCUGUGUCUGCAGAUCGUGGGAAUCACAGAUACUAGGUUUACAAGGCCAUUUCCUGCUCAAUGCUCAGGACCGAAAUCCUUCAAUAUCUUUUGUUUGUGGUAUAAAGAGACAAAAAGCAAUUUUCUUUUCACAAUGGAAAAUCCAUCUUAAGCUGCUAGCUCUAUUUUUCAAUAUGAAGGCUGGUUUUUAACUGGUCUAAGAUGGCCCAAGCUAGUCAUUGGCUGGUCCAAGCUGGUCAUUGGCUGCUUUAAGCUGGUCCAAGCUUGUUAUUGGCUGCUUUAAGCUGGUCCAAGCUGGUCAUUGGCUGCUUCAAGCUGGUCAUUGGCUGCUUCAAGCUGAUCACUUGCUGGUUCAAGCUGAUCACUUGCUGGUUCAAGCUGAUCACUUGCUGGUUCAAGCUGAUCACUUGCUGGUUCAAGCUGGUCAUUGGCUGGUUCAAGCUGGUCAUUGGCUGCUUCAAGCUGAUCACUUGCUGGUUCAAGCUGAUCACUUGCUGGUUCAAGCUGGUCAUUGGCUGGUUCAAGCUGAUCACUUGCUGGUUCAAGCUGGUCAUUGGCUGGUCCCAAGCUGGUCCAAACUGGUCACUGGCUGGUUUGAGCUGAUCAUUGGUUGGUCCGAACUGGUCAUUGGUUGGUCCAAACUGGUCAUUGGCUGGUUCAAGCUGGUUAUCAGCUGGUCAAAACUGGGCACUGGUUGGUUCGAACUGGUCCAAACUAGUCAUUGGCUGGUUAAAGCUGGUUAUUGGCUGGUUCAGGCUGGUCCUUGGCUGGUUCAAGCUGGUCUAAGCUGGCCAUUAGCUUGUACAAACUGGGCUCUGGCUGGUUCAAACUGGCACAAAGCUGGUCCAAGCUGGUCCAAGCUGGUCUAAGCUGGUCAUUGGCUGGUACUUAGCUGGUCCAAACUGGUCACUGACUAGUUUGUACUGAUCAUUGGCUGGUCCAAACUGGUCAUUGGCUGGUCCAAACUGGCCACUGGCUGGUUCAAACUGGCUCAAACUGAGUAUUGGCUGGUCCAAGCUGGUCCUUGGCUGGUUUAAGCUGGUUGUUGCAUGGUCAACCAGCCACCAUUUUCCAAAACCAGCUUGGAAGCCUAUUGGCUACCAGUUUGGGCCAGCUAAUGACCAGUUUAGACCAGCUUGUUCCAAAAUUCAGCUACAAGCUUAAGCUGGAUUUACCAUCAGGGUUUGCGUUAUAUUUAUCUUCUUUUUUUUUUCUUUUUUUUUCAGUACAAUUUCUGUUGUUGUUAUUUUUGUUAAAAAUUUUGGUGAGUAAUUGCCCCCUUUUUUUGUGUUUAU